AUGGAUCUCCGCAAGAAGAAGAGAAAGGUCCUUCUAAUGGGCAAGAGUGGCUCGGGGAAAUCUUCUAUGCGAUCAAUUAUCUUUAGCAAUUAUGUCGCCAAGGAUGUUCGCCGUCUGGGUGCUACCAUUGAUGUCGAGCAUAGCCAUGUCAAGUUCAUGGGGAACCUCACGCUGAAUCUCUGGGAUUGCGGAGGGCAAGAUGCGUUCAUGGAGACCUACCUCGCGUCCCAACGUGGCAACAUCUUCUCCGACGUUGCGGUCCUAAUCUACGUCUUCGAUAUCGAAUCCCGCGAGGUCGAGCGCGACCUCGACACCUACAACGCCAUCAUCAAUGCGCUGAAGGAAUAUAGCCCCAACGCCCAUGUUUUCUGCCUUGUUCACAAGCUGGAUCUCAUCCAAGCCGAGCACCGUCAGCGGAUUUACGAAGAGCGCUCCGCGCUAAUCCGCAGCCGGUCGGAGAACCUCUCGAUCGACACCUUUGGCAGCAGCAUCUGGGACCAGUCCCUGUACAAAGCAUGGGCCGGCAUCGUCCACAAACUCAUCCCGAAUCUGACGGUCAUCGAGCGCUUCCUGCACGCAUUUGCCAAACGCGUCGAUGCCGAGGAAGUCAUCCUCUUCGAGCGCUCGACCUUCCUCACCGUCACCUCCGUGUCGUCAGAGGUCGGGGACGCGAACCCGUUCUACGACCGCCACGAGCGGCUCUCCAACAUCAUGAAGGCCUUCAAGCACUGCGCCGCCCGCAACACCCACACGACUCCGGCCUCUGCGGGCUUCGUCGUCAUGCACAUCAAGACGCCGGUAUUCAACGUCUUCCUCGGCCGGUUCACGGACAACACCUACAUCUUCUUGGCUGUCCCGCCCGGCGAAGCCGCGUAUAACUGCGCCGUCCUCAACACCAUGCUCGCCCGCGAGGGAUUCGCCAAGGCCGCGGCAACCGGCCAUGGCGACGGGUUCCCGCUUCCUACCGUCGAAUCACCCGACGGCACCAACGGCAACCACGAUUGA